ACUGACUGGAGACUGCAGAGGACACAACAUCUGACAACUCUUUCAGCUUGGCUCACAGCUUUCAAAAGGUUACCCACUGAAGAAUGGACAUUAACAACACUACACAGGACAACAGCAUCUUUGAAAAUGUUACUUCUUUUCACUACGAUGGUUACACCAACAGUACCUUCGACUACCGUAAAGCUCAUUUCAUCACAGAUGUGGUGACGUGCAUCAUCAUUUGCAUCGGCCUUCCUUUGACCCUCGUCGCCAUCUACUCUCUCUACUCUCAGGUACGAAAUGAUCACGUUGCUCCCAUCUACGUCAUCAACCUUCUGAUCUCCGACCUCAUCCAGCUCUGCUGCAUGAUCUAUGAGGUGGCACAACCUGACAGAUUCAUAAUAUCCACUAUCUACUUUAUUAUGUACAACUACAGUCUGAUGACCAGUGUGUGCUUCAUGGUGUGCAUCGCCCUGGAAAGGUAUUUGCUGAUCGUCUUCCCACUGUGGUACCGCUACAGACGAACCAUCAAGUCCACCGUGGUGAUCUGUGUCGUGCCCUGGGUCCUUCCUGCUCUCUACUUUCUCACUUUAUUUUUCAAUAAUUUAGAUUUUGACCUCCCAGAUAUCAUCGUCCUUGUCCUUCUGCUCCUUCCCUUCCCACUGCUCAUAUUCUUCUGCUGUGCGACUCUCAAAGUCCUGUCUGCCACCGUCUCGAUCCCACAUGAUGAAAAACGACGAAUUGUAGGAACUUUGAUCCUGGUGCUGCUAAUUUACACGCUGCUUUCCCUGCCAUACAUCAUUUAUAUAAUGGAUAUAUACACACAUGACACAUCACAAACUAUUAUGUACUAUCUGUCUCAUAUGUUUGCUAGGCUGAAUCCUCUUGCAGACUUGGUUCUGUAUAUUUUCAUGAAGAAAGGGGCCCUAGACAAGACUUUGGCCUCUGUGUGUUGUUGCAGAGUUAAAGACAAAGAUGGCAGCAGCCUGGAAAACACUAAUGGCAGUUCAUGA